AUGAAACAGGCCGAAUUCAUAGCAAACGUCAAGAUGAAGACUGAGACAGCGAAUGUCCACGCAAACACUUGUACACCCCCGGGGUCAGAAAAAUCAGAAAUGAAAAAUUUAAAUUUGUUUCCCCAUUUAUUUUUAAAGGGGGAAUUAAUGAGACAGUUUUUAAUGGACGAAGAUGUGUGGCUGUUUAUACAAAAUUUUAAAAUGAAAUUAAAAGAAAGUCCACACGAUGUUGAUAACUGGUUGGACUAUCAGUUACACUUAGCGAAAAACAACAUGGGGAAUUUGUUCCACUCGGAUAUCCCCCCAUUUGAACACGUAAAAAAGAACAGCGAAGGUGUUAGUUCAAAAAAUUAUUACGAGGUGGAGAGAAAUUUUGGUCAUCCUACUGACUUUGCAAAGCGGAAUGACUUUUCUGACCAAUGUGGGAUAAGUAGUACUUGUGAUGAUUUGGACCUCGUGUACCCACGAACUCCCUGCAGCAGAGAGAGAGACGAAUCCGAUGAGGAACAUAACAACGAUGACGAGCAUAAAAAUGACCAGAAGGAGGGGUACACGACCACCGCUGUGGGGUUAGGAACACAUGGAACAAGCAGAGUUGGCAUAAAUGACAUCCUAAUGAGGAGGAUGUCUCAAAGCGAACAGGGCAAAGGAAGUGUUGACAGGCAGGUGGGGUAUAAUACUCCUACACUGACAGAUGACCCUCAUUUGGGGGAGAACACAAAUCGAGCUGAAUCAAGGCAUACCCCAAGUGGGACUCCACAAAGGGGAAUCUGUGGGGUCGGAAGUAAUCUCAAUGUUAGCAGCGACGGGAAUGAUUAUACCGAUGUGCUCACGGAUGAAAAUUCGAAACACUACCACAAUGGUGAGGACAUGAUAAUAAGAAAGAGGCAUGAUGGUAGGGAAGAAGACAAAGUAGCUACGAAUCAUUUCAGUGGAGUGGACAAGGAGGAGUACCACGAAAUUAGGGACAGGAUGCAACAACACAGGGACAGAGAAAAUUUCGAGCAUGCAAUUUUUAGCCCCCAAAGGAAGGAUGUAAUGAAAUCGAUAUAUGAAGUGUCCGCUGCCCCCAUGCAGUGUAGUGAGAAGGACGAUAUGAUGAUUACGUUGAGGCAAACUACACAUAAGGAUGAUGGCGCACAUUGGAAGGCAGAGGAUGGUUAUGAUCGCGAUGGAACAGCGAAAGGGGGGAUCCCCCAGGAUGGAACUUCCUUGAGUGAGGAAGCACUUCAGGGGGAAGAACAAUUCAACCAAGCAGUGAACAUGCACGUGGCAACCAACCGGGGGCAUGAAAAACAGCAAAGAAUAGCGGCUCCUACUAUGAGCAAAAUAUCAACAGAGGAAAGUCUCCUCCCAAAGAAGAAUAAACUGCUAGAAGAUCCUCUGCAUGAGGAUAAACAAAGCAAAGCUGGCCCCACAUAUAACCCACCAUGCGACAACACAUUGUGGGAUAAACAGAAUACGGAGGUGCCCAUUGUGGUGAUACCCCAAAUGACAGUAACCAUUAAUAAAAAGAUGAACGAGGAGACAGAUAAAAAAUUAAAAAAAAUAUUCAGCCAAUAUAAAAAUAAAAUGAAUUUAAAUUUAUUCGAGGAAUUAAUAGUAGUAGACUUUCUUAAAAUUGGAAGAUAUAUGAGUCACACUUUGUAUUCUCGUAUUGACAAAGUGAAUGAAGAUUUUGUAACAUGUGAAGAGGUAAGGAAGUACUUCCGUAAUCGUUUUGUUGAUGGGACGAAGGAUCCAAGUUACUACAACGAUAGUAGGUAUAGGAGUUUAUUUGAACGGACAAGACAAGGAAGUGUAAAGAGUGCCCUGCAUGUAGUUACUCCAUCGAAUGGUGAUGUGGAGGACAUUUCUCAUUUGCAAAAUGAUACAACCCCUUUACACUGCGAUGAGCAUGCUGUUGAAGGGGAUGACGGAGGAUGUAGCCAAAAGGGAGAAAUUGCAGAUGUCCCAUACAAAAAAUGUUCCAUUGUAAAUUUCUUCAAUGCUAUAAAGGAUCCGAACAGGGACUACAUUUCGUUUAAAGAUUUUGAUGUGUUCAUAAGAGAAAUUCUAAAAAGAAAUACGUCUUUACAAUUUCUACAUGAACAUGUAGAAUUUCUCGAAAGGUACAUAGAAUCGGUCAUCGUGAGAAUAUAUUAUCAUAUAGAUGUAAACGACACGAAUAAAAUAUACUUGAAAGAUUUGAGGAGACAUAACUUAGCUCAUAUUUGGUGCUGCUUAGAUGAUAAUAUAAAAGUGCAGCACGUGAAAAACUACUUCAGUUAUUCUCAUUUCUAUGUGUACUAUUGUACCUUUUGCCAAACGAGCAGUUGCAAAGAUAUGCUCAUUGAUGAUAAUGAUCUGUAUAGGUUCGAUAAUCAUUCUCUGAACGAUUUUAUUGUAAAUAGAAUUUGGUCUAGGGUUUCCAUUAAGUUAGGAGGACCAAAUGAAAAAUAUAUGUGUUUGAACGAUUGGAUAUAUUUUAUUAUGAAUUAUGAAGACAUGACAUCUAACCGGGCCAUUGAAUUUUGGUUUAAGCUAAUUGACUUGGACGCAGAUUGUGUCAUUAGGGAUCAUGAAAUUCAGGUCUUUUUUAAUAUUCAAAUGGAGAGAUUAAAGUCGCAUUAUUUAGAGGAACCUAAAUUUGAAGACUGGUUAUGUCAGAUGAAUGAUGCUAUUCAGCCAAAGAAUGAAGGAAAUUUUACCCUCUCCGAUUUUAAAAGGAAUAAGAAAUAUGCUGCUAGAUUUUUCGGUUGCUUGGUUAGCUUGUCCAAGUUACUAGCUUGGGAGAGCAGGGAUGUGUAUAAGGAGUUGCAGAUCGAGACGGAGUUUCCCCACGCCACUCCCUGGGAGAUAUUCUGCAAAACCAAGUACGACGAGUUGUGCUACAUGGAGAAUGAAGGAUGCUAUGAGGACAAUUUUGACGCCUAUGACGCCAAGGGCUUCUACGGCAUGGACUCCGACUGA